AUACCACUGCGUGUCUCUGCUCUUCUCUUCUUUUAUAAGAGCUGCUCAUCCUCUUCCAACCUCCUCCUCUUCGUAGAACAGACACCUCUUUCUCUCUCUCCUUUGAAGUGCACGAGUGUUGAGACCUUACGUUAGAUGGCAGUCUUCCUUCGGGCGACGCGGGUGACAACCUUGCUUGACGACGACAAGGCAAAGGCCCGCCUUCGGGAAGCCGAUGACAGCCACCGCGUGUCCGGCUACGACAGCAGCGGCAGCGAGCACGACUCCCCUAGCCUGUCCGGUCUCGUCCACGCGUUCCUUGAGCACGCACACGGUGACUCCCUCUCCGCUGAUGUCGGCGCCGUGGCGCACCCCCAUCACAGCUCUGACGAUGACCACGCCGACGAUCCUGACUGCACCGCCGCUGCGGUGGUGCGGGAGCUGAUGGACCCUGCCGCGGAGGGGGAUCGGUUUCGAGUCCGGCUCGCGGCAGACGUCUACUCGGUGGUUGAGGGGGUUUCGGGGCUGAGGACCUGCUGCGGCGCCGCUGGAUUACGUCGAGCGGUGAUGGCGCGGCUGAGGGCGUCGGGUUACAAUGCCGGGAUCUGCAAGGCGAGGUCGGACUCGUCCGGCGGGCUCAAAGCCGGCAGCUACGAAUACAUCGACGUGGUGUCGGCGGCGGCGGAGGGGGCCGGAAUGAGGUACAUCGUGGACCUCGAGUUCGCGGCAGAGUUCGAGGUGGCGAGAGCGACGGAGGCGUACAAAACUGUGCUUGCGGCGCUCCCGCGGGCGGCAGUGGCAGGGGAGGAGACGAUGCGGCAAGUGGUACGGGUGGUGGCGGACGCCGUUCAGAGGUCGCUCCGGGCGCAGGAUCUCCACAUCCCGCCGUGGCGCAAGAGCCAGUACAUGAUCGCCAAGUGGCUGGGACCCUACCGGAGGAACACGAACACGGUGCCGGCAUCUCCGGGCAGUUCCGUGAGCAGCAGCGGGGCAGAGAUCAGCUGCCGCUCCGUGGGCUUUACGACGGCCGCGUGGCGAAGAAUCCCGCCACCCGAACACGUUAGAAACCACGUGGCGUACAUAACAAAUUGAUUACACCAUUAUAGUUGUUAAUGCUAUUUUUCCUCCUAUUUUAGACUAAUAUUAAGCUGAUAAUUUAAUUACCUAA